AUGGCAGAGGAGAACGGUAAAGAUAGAGAUAGCAAACACAUGUUCCACAAAGACGCUCUUCUAAUAUUUGAGAAAUGCACCAGACACACCCAAUGCCCUGCUAACGCUAGAUGUCGCCCUAACGGGUGUGAGGGAUAUAUGUGUCAGUGUGUUUCACAAUUCGUGUAUACUGACGAUAGAUCACAAUGUGUUCCAGGUAAACUAAUGGGAGAGGAUUGUGAUGGAAAUCUAAACAGAUGCCUCUCUCCAUUUGCUGUUUGCAUGGAUGGUGUGUGUCAGUGUAAUGAGCUUAUGGAACCAACUUUUGACGGCCAUUGCAAGUCCCCGUUUGAAGCCGAACUCCACCAUCCGUGCGUUGACAAGAUUUGUGUUCUGUCAACCGUAUGUGAUGGCAAUGUCUGUGUUUGUCCAGAAGACAAACGGGAGAUAACCCCGAAAGAGUUUUGGUUAGAUCCUCUAAAGGCUCGAAAAUGCGUUGACAAAAAUUUCUCUGUAGACCAAUGUCAUGGUCAAGAUCUCCAAGUACCAGAGGAUCUUUUGAUGGAUGAAAACAAUGUUAUUCAAAGUAAUAAUAGUGUAAGUCAGAUAGUGGACGAGGUUCAAGCAAACGAUUUUAUGUCGGAAAAUAUGUCUUCAAAUACGGAACAAGACAUUGUUGUUUCUGAAAAUAAGGAUGACAGCAAGGAAAUCCAUGGGAAGUUAACUGAGAAAGACAACUCUAAUCCAGAGGAUGUCAAAAGUGGGGAACCGUUAAAAAAUCACGAUGAAAAGACUGGUAAUAAAGUUGAAGAUAGGACAGCUAUCAAAGAUCCUUCAUAUUCUGAUGUUGCCGAUUCAAACGUGAUAUCAUCCAGAACACAAGUAAACGACCAUUUCUCAAAUAAAUCAGACGACACAACUUCUGAAAUGCUUUCAUCUUCGGAAAAUCCACAAAUCAAGACUGGUCCUGAAUAUAUUGACACAAAUGUAAAAGAAGGGGAGAUAGAUAAGCUACCCUCUGACAUAACAGAGGAUUUUCCUACAGACGCUCUCUCCAAUAAGAAACUGCCUUCCGAAGAGGGUUUUACAGGAUCUUCGGAUAAUCAAAAUGCAACCUUAAAGAUAAGAAACUCUUCGCAUACUACUGAACAAAGUAAUCAUGUAAACAAUGAUAUAUUAAUGGAAAGUACCGAAGGGAAUGUUCACAAUGCACACAAUUUUAUUAAUAAAACUGUGGUGCCUUUACUUAGAAGAAACAAUGAAGGGAAAUUGAAUCAAUUAAUUAAGCUUUUGAUGGGAAGGUUAUCAGAAAGGAAUAGGAAAGUUGACAUAUAUCAUGGAUGUAGCCUGGAUGAGGAGUGUCCCGAGCAUGCGCAAUGUAAGAGAAGAGGAUGUAAUUCACAAAAACAAUGUUUGUGCAAGAUUGGAUUUAUGACGAAUGUGAAUGGAACUUACUGUGUCCCAGACGGUUCCCGUGGUUGUUUAAUAAACGAGUUUACAUGUGAAGGUGCUAGAUGUGUGCCCUACUCCUGGGUAUGUGAUGGCAUCGCCGACUGUCCUCAAAACGACGACGAAACCAAGUUUUGUUCUUCACAUAGGAUGGAAGUUUUGCCAAGGCAGCAUCACGAAGAAAUUGACCGUUUAGAAGAUAAACUUGAACAUGAAGCUUUAAUGCGUAUGCAUUUGGAGCGAAGUAUACAGGAUUUACGUGAUGUUAUAAAGGAAAUAAAGCAAAAUAACGAUAUUGCAGAAAGCGAAAAGACGAAGCUAAUAACUCACGACAAGCCAUAUCCAACAGCAUUACAAACACCAUCACUGAUGGGAGAAGAUAGACAAAUCUCAACAUGGAACGAUCCUUUUUACGAUGGUUUUAUUGACAACAUUCAAAACAAAUUGAAAGGAUCUGCAGUUUAUACGCUUUGGGGAGGGAAGGUGUGUCCGAAACAUGAAAACACAAGGACAAUAUACACAG